AUGGCCUCAAAGAAAGAUAUGCGCAGGGCUGAUUUGGCGAUCCCCUACGUCGAUCCCCCCAAGAGCAGCAGCGAUGCCGACAUCUCCAGCACAAUGUCGAGCACUAUGCCCAUGGCGGCUAUGUUCACUCGUAACCGCAUGAUCGGAUGGGUCUCUUUCGUUUUCUCUCUUCAGUCCUGGUUGGGAGAAUCCCCGGACCAGAAGAAGAAUGCUUCCACCCCGGCAUACAUGUCGGUUCUGAUGUCCCUGAUGGCAUUGAUCGUUACAUACUUCCCUCUCUUCCUGCCCCCACAGGCCCCUGGUGGUGUUGCCGCCGGAGCCCCGACACCCUCCCCCUAA